AGCGAACAGGUUUGGCGUCAAAGUUACGCCCUGGAACGCGCAUUCCUUCCCCCCCACCCAUUAAAUGACAGCUGCACCAGUGGAGUGAGGAUGGAACUGCAGCCUUGAGAUGACAUAUCGACAGAAGUGGUCGUAAUUUUGGAUAAAAACACAAGCAAUCAUGAGGGACAGAUUGAAUCAUCUUCAGACCAUUUCAGAGUCUAGCAGCCAACAAGAAGAGCCGGAAUCAGACUCUUUCAGCAAUGUGGACCUGGAAGAGGAUUUCGGCCAGCAGGCUGUCAUUUAUGACAACAGCGAUCAGAUGGAUUCUGUGCUAGAUGAGGCUCAGGACACUAGACGUGAAAUUCAGCUCAUUCGCCUCGAGGUGAAGCGUCUCAGAGACCAAAACACUCGCAUACUUAGCGAGCCGACUCGUACAACUCACGUAAAGAAGGAUGCCAAUGUCAUCGCAGGAGACAUCAAGACCCGUGGACAGGACAUUCUGGAACGUCUACAGAAAAUGGACGCCCACGCCAAAGAGCUUGAAGAGGAGCAUGGCAUUAACUCGGCUGUGGCGAGAAUCGCCCGAACACAGUACGCCACCCUAAGCAACAACUUCCGAGAUGCAAUGACAGAGUACAAUGAUGCUGAGAUGGAUCACAAAGAAUCGUGCAAACGGCAUAUUCAAAGGCAAAUGGAGAUUGUGGGCAGAGAGGUGACAGGUGACCAGAUUGAGGAGAUGAUGGAGAAUGGCCAGUGGAACAUCUUCAACGAUAACGUCAUGUCAGAAGGGAAAACGGCCCGUUCUGCGCUCAACCAGAUUGAGAAUCGACAUCGCGACCUGCUGGAUUUAGAAAACCGACUCAAGAGCCUUCAUGAAGUGUUCCUGGAUGUGGCUAUGCUUGUAGAGGAACAAGGACCCAUGACUGACUACAUCUUAAACAAUGUUCAGAAAACCGAUGCUAUGCUUGGUGAAGUCCUUAUCAAACUGGGACGGGCCAAGAGACAUGACAAUAACAACCCAUUCAAGAAAAUGUUCUGUGGAUGCUUUCCAUGCGCUAAAAUCUAAGUGAUGGUGUGGACUUGUGCCGUGGAGGGCUGCAUUAUCUACUGACAUUUGUUUUACAGUUUAUCAUUUUAAAAAUAGGCAGCCACACUCUUAAAAAUAAAGGUUCUUUAUUGGAAUCGAUGGCUCUAUGAAGAACCUUGAACAUCCUUGGAACCUUUCAAAUGCAGAAAAGUUUCUUUAGAUUUUUAAAAUGUUCUUCAAAAUGGUUAAUUUAAGAACUGUUCACUGAAAGGUUCCUUAGGGAACCAAAAAUGGUUCUUCUAUGGCAUCACUGCAUAAACACCUUUUUGGAAUGUUUAUUUUAAAGAGUGCAAAAAUAUGUGGGGAGAAGAACCAUAUUUUUUCAAAACUAAGCUCUUUGAGAGAUUAAACCUGAUAUUACUAAAGUUAACAAUAACACUUAGAGAGCAAUUAAACAACUAAACAAACCAAAGAUUGUCUUCACAACGUCUUCAUAAAAAUGCCUUUUCAUUAGCAGUUUGAUACCUGUAAACAUACUACUGUAAAUACUGUAGCUAACAUAAAAGCAAAGGAGCUUUUAAUCUGAUUUUAUGCUAGAAAUUGUGUAAUACUGCAAGAUAUGCAUAGGGUAUAAUUUAUUAACAUAAUUUACAUUAUUAUAUCUUUUGAUAUUCUAAUGCGGUUGAACUGAAUAUGCACUUUCUAGACCCUCUUUCAUGAAAUCAUCCGGAAUAUGAAGCAUUUGCCAUGUUUUGCCAUAUUUUCAAUGCAAAUUGAUCAUUUUUAUUUCAAUCAAUUAGUUUUUCUGAAGCAAUGUUUAUUAAAUAAAUAUCUAAAUAAAAAACCUUAUAUAAUUCUUACUUGCUUUGUCGUUAUUAUUAAAUAAAUUGCAUGUGGCAAAAUGUUUGGGUGUUUUCGGUAUUUCAAAUGGAAUUUGUAUAUUGGAUUAUCAGAAAAUAUUCCUGCUGAUAGGUAGGCCACCAACACAUUACAAAUCUUUAACAAAUUAUUUUUUUAAUACAUAAGGCUAUUCUUUAUCUUAAUGGAACAUUGGGAUAGAUUCUGUGUCGUCAACACAUUUUUCACAUUUUGGUACACACUGGACUUUCUUAUCUAUGUAACAACAGGGAAAUCACUGUGAGACCAUUAGGGAAAUAUCCUUACUCGGUUUAGUCUGUCUUAGCU